AGCAAAAACCAGGUGUAGCUCACUGUGAACCAAAAGACGCCUUUCCCCAUUUGCUCGCCGCAACUUUGCGGGCCUGUAUAUUAUCGAUUUUCUUAGUAUAAGCAAGUAUGUUAAAUUGUGUACAUGUCCAUGUCGAUCUAGUUUUUUCCGGAGAAGAAACCCGACUUACUGUUUAAGUAGAACUCAGUUGAAGAUAGAACUGGCUCUGACUACUUUUCAAGACUUUGUUUAUAUGCUUCUAUUAACUCAGUAGACGGCUACCUAAGGGAUGUAAGAUCAGGCUUGCCCUGAUUUGCUUACGGUUGUCUUGUUUUCUCCUACUGCUGAUCCCUAUUGGUAUCAAGCACAUUGCUACUAUCAUAUCACCUGUCGCCUGUACUAUAUUUUUUCGCCCAGAUCGAUUGCAACCUUCAGAAAUUUGAAGUAUUAACUAUACGAUCGUUUCUUUAUUUGACCAAAGUGCUCACGCCGCGCCCUGUGCGGAGUUCGGAUAGUUCAUCUGGUGGUUUUACGUGUCCGCGGUCCUGAUCACGCUUUGCGACUCUGACAGAUAUCCGAGCUUCCACGACCCCUUCCGACGCGUCUCCAAGAUGGUGGACACAUCAGCGCUGGGGGAGGAGCGCUCACAGUUCCUCAGUGACCGCAUGAAUCCGCUGCUGCACGAUAUGGUAACGGAUCUCAUCUGCCAUCAACCCAAGGAACCAAUGGUAAAAACUGCCCUUCGGAUACCAUUUCAAUCAUCUUUUGAAGGAAGGAUCGAAGCAGAAGUGGUGAAACUGCCACCUACAUUUCAAGGAAAACAUAUUUGUUAGUUGUAACCGAUAGGCAUAUCCAAAUCUAAAUCGGAUUCUCUAAACCUACCUAGAAGAUGACGAAGAACGAACAUCGUGUCAUCCUAACGAAGUUGCAAAUACCUCUUGAUUUUUCUCUGUAUUAUCAAACAGGUUUUCAUCUCCAAUUGGCUCCAACGUCGACUGGGUCGUCCAUCGGAUUUCGAGAUAGACGUCUCACGUCUCAAGACUGUGGCGAAAGAUUCGCAGGUUGAGGCACUGAAAAUUGAAAAUGCAGAAUUGACUCGGCGGCUCGAUCACGCUGCUUCCCGUCUACGAGAAGGCACCUCGUUCUUACGUGGGAGAGCAGAGGGUGGAGCCAGUGCCUCUGCCUCACAGGAGGACGCCGCUCCUGCUGUUGACGGUACUGCUGCAGCGGUUGACGGGGAGGCCGCUGCUGCUCCAGCAGUCGAAGGAGAAGUGAGCGAGGAGGAAGAUGACGAAACUGAUCUGGUUGACGAGAUCGAACCGAGGGUGCGGCCUAGAGGAUUGGCAGUAUCGGCAGAAGGGUAAAGAACAAGCGAUUAAGCUAAGUAGACGAAUUGAUACUUGUUGAGGUGAUUGGAAAUAUAUGUCGAAGAGUAGAAAUUUAAAUCAGUCUAAUCAAGAACAUGUAUUCUGAGUUUCUAGGAGCCACUGAAUCAUUGGAGUUAGGUAUUCUCCUCCACGACAUACACAGGGACAACAAGACGUUCCAUCCGAGAGGCAUUUUCUCGCCACCUGUACAUCUCAAAGGCGACGAGACCAGAGAGCGGCUUGCAGAGGUACUUAUUAUUUCGGUCCGGAAGACAAAGACUAUUCAUCUUUAAUUUUUUGUGUCGCAAGUUUUUCUUGAUUUUCUAAUACUGACCACUGCCUAGGUUAUUUUAGCAACAACACUAGAAACAGACCACUUCCUGUCACAGCCCAGUUGUCCUCAAGCAGUAGUCUGAACACGACCACAAGUGUCGAUAAAUAUUCCGAUGAUAACUUUUCCUGUACAGAUCAUGGAGCAAUCGUUCCUUUUGUCGGCGUGCGACGUGGAAGCGAAAGAGGCGAUUCUGAACGCGUUAGAGGAGGAGCAAGCGGGCGAGGGCGACAAAGUGAUUCAGCAAGGAGACAGUGGGGACUUUUUGUAUAUUGUGGAGAGUGGCACACUUGAGUGCUACUUGAACCAUGGCGAGGAAGAUGAAGCCAUGGUAAAAACUGUUGAGCCCGGCAUGAUCUUCGGCGAACAAACGUUGUUGCAUAACCAAAGGAGAGCAGUCAGCGUCGUCUGCAAAGAGCCUUGCAUGCUCUGGAGGCUUGGUACAGCCUACCUUUUUUUCUCUGUAAGAUGUCACCAUCCACGUUGUAUUUGUCUCGACUACUUCUAGUUGAUCACCUCGCUUCUCUGUGAAGAAUGAAUGAUCCGUAAUGUGGUUAUUUCUCCUGGUUUUGGUUUGCAUUUUCUUCAUUGUAGAUAUUAUCAACUCACGACGUUUGCCGCACGCCGCCUCAGAGACUUGAUGGAAGUCCUCACGACAAUUUCACUUCAUAGAAAUACUGAUCUUAGAAAGUUGUAGGCUCAUCUUGAUAUUAUCAACUCACGACAUGGCCAGAUCGCGAGACUUACAGUUCGAUAGUGAAGCAGAGCGCCGCGACGGAGCGCCGACAGCGGCAGAAGCUCUUGUCUCAGAUUCCCAUGUUCGCAUCGUUGACAAAGCAAGAGCAGAGUAGGCUGUGCGAUGGCUUGGUCGAAGUGGCGUUCGAGGAAGGCGCCCAGGUGGUAACCCAGGGAGACGAGGACGACAUAUUCUACGUAGUCAAGAAAGGAACGCUUGUGGUGAUCAAGGACGGCGUGCAGGAGUUCAUUUACACCACCGGCGACUUCUUCGGAGACUUGGCGCUCAUUUUUGACCAACCAAGACCCACCACCCUUAAAGUCACUGCGCAGCAAUGCGAACUGUACGCGCUCUCUCGCAGUGCUCUCGAGCGUCUCCUUGGACCCAUGGUCGACAAACUCAGUAGAAAACUGUACCCAUAA